AUGACAGAUCAAAACGUCGCAGCAGGACAGGGAGUAACCCAAAGCGGCGAACACGCAGCAGCAACAGCAACAACAGCCAGCGCAGCAAGCUGCUCAACAGCAACAGCCACAAGCUGAACAGCAACAACCAGAUAAAGUUAAUCAACAACAGCAACAACAACAACAGCCAACUGAACAGCAGCAGCAACAACAACAGCAAGCUGAGCAGCAACAGCAGCAGCAAGCUGCCCAGCAGCAUCAACAGCAGCAGGCUGCACAGCAGCAACAGCAGCAGCGGCUGCACAGCAGCAACAGCAACAGCAGGCUGCACAGCAGCAACAGCAGCAGCAGGCUACACAGCAGCAACAGCAGCAGCAGGCUGCACAGCAGCAACAGCCAGCUGAACAGCAGCAGCAGGCUACACAGCAGCAACAGCAGCAGCAGGCUGCACAGCAGCAACAGCAGCAGCAGGCUGCACAGCAGCAACAGCAGCAACAGUUGCAGCAGGCUGCACAGCAGCAACAGCAGCAACAGGCUGGACAGCAGCAACAGCAGCAGCAGGCUGCACAGCAGCAACAGCAGCAACAGCAGCAGCAGGCUACACAGCAGCAACAGCAGCAACAGCAGCAACAGCAGCAGCAGGCUACACAGCAGCAACAGCAGCAACAGCAGCAAGCAGCAACAACAACAGCAGCAACAACAACAGCAGCAACAGCAACAGCAGCCCGCUGACCAGCAGCAACAACAACAGCAGCAGCAACAACAGCAGCAGCAACAACAGCAGCAGCAACAACAACAGCAGCAGCAGCACAGCAAGGUGGUGAAUGUGGGCUAGGGCAACAAGAUCAGGAAGCACUGGAGGAGAAAGGAACAGGCAACCAGGAGCAGUUGCUUGGAGAAAAGGUCGGGGCUGAUGCAUUGCAACGUGAGACACAACAGCAGCUUUCAGAAGGGUCAAAGGCAGACGGCUCAACUACAAGCGCAGGUGGAGGGGGGAACGGGGAAAGCCUCGGAAGCUGCAACGGACCAGGCUGCGCAGGUGCCUCAGCCUUCUCAACUAGAAAAGCCACAAGAGCAGCAGGCUGCCCUCCAGUCAGCGACGCCCACUGGGGAGGUGUUGCAGCAGCGGAAUCAGCCAGAGCUUACAAAGGGUCAGCAAGAAGCUCUCCAGAAGCAGCAGCAACAGCAGCAACAUGCUCAACAACACCACCUCCUGAGCAGGGCCUUCUUCAGCUGACAGGGCAUUUGCCUAAAUGCAGUUGCUGCAAUGUGCAAACAUCUGCAGACGCUGCACAGCCAACUUUAGCAGCAGCCUCAGAGCCGAAAAGUGUAGCUGGUGCUCCCGCAGCAUCCGCUCGAGCCCAAGAAACAGCGAGUGGAAAGGCGGAUGGGAGUAUGCUCGAUACUGACCUCGAGAAGCUCCCCGUGACGGGCCUUUUGCAGUCUAUUGCUGCUGCGGAGGAAGCCUUGGAGGAGCAGCAGGAGAACCAGAAGCAAGCGAAGGCGCUGCAUCAGCUCCUCGCAAAACGGCCGGUGCAACAGCCCGAAAAAACGCUGCCUGAGGCCUCGCAAGAACUGAUUAAGGCGAGAAGGGUCUAUAUGCGGACUGUGCUGCAACAACAGGCGCUAGAGAUACAAGCGCAGCGUCUGGCUGCCUAUGAGGAUGAGCAGCAACGGCAUUCAGAGCAAAAUCAGAAGGUGCAAGCGGAGCAACAAAAGGAUUCAGCGCCCAGUGAUACGCGUCUCCGUGCUGCAGCGUCUGCCGUAGAUGCGUUUGCAAGGGGGCGAGCUUCUUCUGUAACCGCUCUACAUGCGUCUAAAUCAGCACCGCCUGAUCAACAGGAUGCCAGCCAGCCAUCCGCGGUCCCUAUUAAGAAGCCAUCCUUUUUGGAGGGCCUCAGGCACAGAGCAGGCAGUGGCAGAAGCAGUAGCCUGAUGAAGUCGGGGAGUAGUGCAGCCGCUGACGGCGCUCAAAAGGCAUUCGAGGGAGCCAAGCGGCUCCUUUACAAAGCGGGGAAUGUCCUGACUCGUCCGGCUUCAUCUCUGGCUGGUGCAGUGUUUGCUACGAAAGGCGAGUCAGGAAAUGGCUCUCGCCAUAUGCAGCAGUCCUCGCAGAGUUUGCUACCUCCGGGUGCCUCCAUCAUCAACAGCGCCCCUGAGGUAACGGCAGUGGGAGCCGUGACAGAAUCUUCAGAAGGCGUGCAAGUGCCACCCGAGUUGCCGCUUACACUCUCUAGCUCGGAGGAGUCUACAAGGUGUGCGCGAAAGGAAAUGGACACGAAUGGCUGCCAGCAGCUACUGAGCUGCUUUGUCAAACUCCUUCAGCUGCAUUCCAAUAGUACUCUGCGGGGCCUAGACGCAGCAGGAGAUAUCCGUACGGAAGCGGCCUGGGAGGCAUGCUGCUCACUUGCCGCAGGUAGAAUCCGAGACAUCAGUGCCGCGCUGCCUCAGGGGCCGGAGUCUCAACUGCCGCAGUCGCAGCAGCAGCAUAAGCCAGGAUCAGGACAAGUUAGUAAUGGCGCUUCCGGACCAUCUGCACCCCAAGUUUUUAUUCUCGAUGAAGCCCCCACGAAUCAUGGGAAGCGAAAGGAGGAACUCAGUGCCGCUCUCCAACUGCUGGAAGUCAGGCGUUGUUUGCUCUUGCUGCGGCAGCGCCCAGAGCAUGUUGCGGUGCCGCUGCUUCCCCUUAGUGCAGAUGAGUCCGCUAGUGAGGGUGAAAGCGAGACGGCUUGCCGCUCAGCAGCGGAUAGUCUCACAUCGUCCCCUCUGCUAGCCAAUAGAGCACGUGACCGGGCGGAAGCCGCAGUAGCAGCAACAGACUUUGCAAGUGAAGACAAGCAGCACGUGUACCCUCUGCUGCACCUGCAGUGCCUCGAGGUUUUGGUGCUGAAUAAACCCAAAAAAGGCUCUGCCUUAUCCCGCAUGCUGACAGUUUAUGCUAGUGACAAUUACAGCAGUUGCAACACGUGUAGCAGCAGAACGUCUUUGAGCAGCAUGCCUUCUGUUCUGGACAGUGGUGUUCCCUCCGCAGACCAGGAUCUGCCCGCAUGGUCGCCAAUAGCAGCAGCAGUAAGCAGCUGUGGAAGCGUUACGGCAAUCAACGCAGACGAAGGGCCUCACCAACUGCCACAAGUUGGUGAGGCGGCUGGGUGGAUGUGGCACUACAAAGUAGCCAAAGGGCAGUCAUCAGGAAUGGGAUCGGGCGUUUUUCCUCUUGUCAGUCCGCAGAUGCCUAAAUAUCCAGGCGCAGAUGGAGUUGCAUAUGGCGAAGGAACGCAGCUGCCUCUGCAGCAAAGACAACUAUCAUCGUCUUCCGCCGCUGCUAUGGAGCCACCUGGGACAGGAAUCGAUGGCGGCGCGCUGUGCUGCUUUGGUGCCGCUGUUGAUGUGCGCCCCUCCAUCCUUGCCGCUUUCCUCUGCCAGCCUGAUGAACUUCAGCAGCUACUAAGGCUUAUCGGAAGCCUUUCAGUCCAACGUACGUCUAACGAGAACACAACGCACCAGAAGGAGGAUCAACCGAAUGGAAGAAUUCUGCGUUCUGUGUACAUAUGCAACACUAUUGCUGGACAUCUUCACGGGUACCAUCACAUGGGACAUGCAGCCGCAGAUUUCGCCCUCGAGGAGGCGAAGAAGCACAACCUGAGGCCGACAGUAGCUGAAGCAGCGGUAGCUGCGAAGCCAGCUGCAAGAACACAGACAUCCGGAGAGAAUUUUCCUGUAGACGAUGGCGAAAAGGGGGAAGAGGCACCCCAGAAAGCUACUGCCGCGUAUAUUUCGUUGUCAAGCCCAACGCCACCCAUGAAGCCAGAUUCAGAGUCAAUGCAGCAAGCAGAGGCGAAUUUUCCUCCACAGCUCCCACCGGCCCAGCUACCGAAUGAUGCUACAGAGCAGCCUAAGGAGGGAGACUGUGGCGACCUUAAUGUGCCUGCACCCGCUGUGACAACAGCAGAAUCAGCAUCUGCGGCGGCUUCUGGUGAACUAAAAGACCGUAGGCCCCGGCUAGUGCUGCCGAAGCUGGAGCAUUACGGCGGUACCGCCUUCUUGUUCAGCCAGGCGGCUGGGGGCUUCUUUUGCCCAUCCUUGAAAAGACUAUGUCUUACUGAUGCGCAGCAUUGGCUGGGGACUUGCCAGGAGGAGCGUCAGCAGCAAAAAAAUGCAGUAGGGCAAGCUGCGGCAGAAGAUGGACGACAAAAUAGAAGAACGAUAAGUGCUUUUCUGCAGCAAUUCUUGGAAACGCACAUGUCUUUUCUGGAAGUUAUUGGAGUGGAUUAUGCAUUCCCUAUUCUCUUCUCGUCUGGUGCUGCAACUCCUGACGCGCAAAACCACAAGCUGCAGCACAUGGGCAUCGGACGACUUCCUCGUACUCAUGGAAUACAAGAGGAGGAGGAGGCGAACCAGCAGUCCGGGCUCUCACCCCAGACCUCACUAGAGGGUGCAUCACCGAUGGCCUGUAGGCGCAGCCAAAGCCACAGUAGCAGCGACAGCGGCGACAGCUCAAGUGAGAAGGAGGAGGAGGCCGAAAGUUCAGAGCUUCCUUCAGGCCCUGUCUCGCGCAGCCUUCCGUUUGUUGUCUCCGAUCUGGGACUAGCGGCACAAAUGCCCUCUCUGAUCUCUGUGGCUGUUUCCGGGGCUGUUACUGUAGAUGCCCUGAUGCGCCUUACUGGGGAACCCCAAGCUGCGGCCGGUACAGCUUGUGUUUCCCCACCGCUGAGGUUUCUUUUCCUGGGUGCGAUUGUGUCUGCCUCCGAGGAGCCAUCUGUUGGGGUCUCCCCGUGUAGCACCAGACCAACAGCAGCUGCUGCUGCGGAAGCUGCCGGUGUCAGCUCCCGCACGGCCAAGGGAGACUCACAUUGUUCUCUAAACUCGACUCCUCAUCCCCAGACAUUCAUAGAGACACCGCAGUCGUCGGAAGGAGGGGAAGGUGGAUGGGAAUACACCUCGGGCCCUUUUUCAAAGGAGAAGCCGUUACAGAAUGAAAGUACAGCAGCACCAGUCAGUGUACCAGCAGCAGCCGAUGCAGUAGUGGGAAGCUCCUUGGAAGAUGCAGCAAGUACACGGGCUGACAAGCAGACAGGCAGCAUGGAGGUAUCUGCAGCAGGUGGUGGCGGUGGCGUUGCAGUCAAUACGCUUCGCGGUACCAACAACGACAGCCUUGCCGCAGGUGGCAGUGCUGGUACUGAACUUUCUUCUGAAGAAACUGGCAGUUGUCUUCCGGAGUUUCUCGCCCUUUGUGGUGCUGCUGCUUGUCUUGCGAGCCCAGAAAUUGCGGAGCUAAAACAGCCGCACUAUGUUGCUGCUCGCGAGCAGCUUCAGCACGAAACCAUUGCUGCGGGUAGACGAUGCUGCGAGGGUGAGGAACCUUAUGCGCAGCAUGGCAAGCCCAAUUCUGAAAGGCUGGCUGCGGCCGUGUCCUGGGCGGAGAGCGUCCCAGUGGAUUGUACCGGCGAAAUUCCUUUAUACAGGGAAAGUUGGUGGCUGAUUCGUAGUGUGCACCACUACGGAGGAGAGACAGCUGAUGGAGAUUCACGAAAUCAGCGGCUCGCUCGGGUCGAACCUACUGGACUCGCACGAGGGGCUCUCCCCAUUCGUAAUGCGUCAACUGACUGGAUCCCCAAACUCUGGCAAUGCGAUUUAUUUUCGGUAGAGCUGGGACUAAUGACAGCCGCACUUGCCCCCCCGUCCAUGCACUAUUUCACUGACAAAAAUUCAAGUGACCGAAAGAUGCAUACGCUCGUCUCUCUCCCUCGAGUACAUAUAGACUUUUUCACUAGCAAAGGCUGUGUGCGCGUCCACCCUGCAACCUCUGAAGCAAGAUCAUGA